AUGACGUUCCACACCAUCUUCUCAUCAAAAUUUCUGAUUCUACUUCUAAUCAACCUCUCAACGCCUUCAAUCGAAUCUACUGCAGCCGGUUACCGUCAAACUAGCCAUAAUCGAUGUUACAGUUGUAUGUCGGAAAUGUACGAGGGCUUUUUGAAUAAUGGAAUGGAAAGGUACUUCAAUCGUCCUCGAAACUUUAGUUCACAAUGUGAUGGGGAAAUGGAUGUGACGAAUAUGCACACGGUUCCAUGUAGGACAAUUUGUCUGACGAUUCAGCAGGAUUUGGUUGUGAUGGGCCAACCUACUGGACACCGUCUCUACAUGAGAGGCUGUGCAUUGACGAUAGCUAGAAGAGGACUAAAUAAUCACACGCUAAGCAUGUUUGAUAGAUAUGAUAUAUGCAGGGACAUGUCAGCAUCUGACCUUUUCCGCCACGAACAAGCCGACUCUCAACGUAUUCGGGUAUGCAGUUGUCUCGGCGAUCGGUGCAAUUCAGCCAUCUCCACGAGCAACGGACAAUCGCUUUCGAUUCUAGCCAUUCUAGUUCUUUUCUCUUCAUUUCUUUUUAUCUAA